AUGCCCGCUCUAUACGUGCUGACCCACCGCGCCCACCUCCUCGUAGCCUACCUCACAAACCCGUCCGAAACCUCCUUCAGGUCCUAUCUCACAGAACAGUGCUUCCGCCACCACCUCUCCCGCCUCGACGACGCCAGCGACGACGACCACAGCGACUCGGAAGACUCUGGCGUACACUACUCCUCCACAACCCCAACCACCACCACCACCACCACCGUCACCCCCCGCCGCCCCCCGUCCUCCUCCGACCUCCUCGAGUCCGCCUCCACCUUCCACUUCUCCAACCGCGCCUCCGUCGCCCUCCGCACCCCGAAACACGCCUUUCACAGCUUUGCCUUUUUCACCAUCGCCGCCGUCAUCCCGACCUCCAGCUCCCGCGCACCGCCCGCGGGCACAGCAUCCCACCGCCCCGCUCCCGCCCCCGGCGAUCUCGACGGAUCAACCCCCAAGGAAGCCUGGUUCGUCGGCGCCUUUGGCCGCUGGUGGAAGGGCAUAGAGAUCCCCUGGCCCCAGCGCUCCCCCGCCCGCUCCAAGUGCGACGAGGAGGGCUGGAGCUCCGGCAUCCUCAACGUCAAGGCCCUCGACAAAUCAGACCCCUACAACGGCCUGCCGUUCCCGACCACCUCGCCCCAGUCCCAUCCCCGCGCAUCCCCGCCAAAAUUGCGCUCCCGCGACCGGUCCAACCCGCGCCACAACCCGCCCCGCACGUCCAGCCCCCCGCCGCUCCCAAAGUCCGCAACCCUCCCCCUCCACACGCCCCGCCAGCCCUCCCAGUCCCAGGCGCACGCCGCCCCGGCCCCAGCCCCGACCUCGCCCCCGUGCCCCCCCACCGCGACC